AUGGCGAUCUGUACUUAUAACGCACGUACGCUUGCAUCGGAAGCGGCCAUCGAAGAUCUGAUGAUGCAAGCCAAGAAGAUCAAGUACGACGUCAUCGGACUGACCGAGACGAAACGACGUCACCCUCUCAACGCCGUAUAUGAAACUGGAGAAGAACUGUUCUUAGGAACAUGCGACAGUAGAGGUGUUGGUGGAGUUGGCGUCCUCGUCAACACGAGUAUGGCAAAGAACAUCGACUCUUUUGAACAACUUACGACCCGAAUCGGACGUCUGCGGAUGAGAAGAUGUGGCCCAAUACCAGCUUUGACUAUCUUCGUCGUUUACGCUCCAACAUCAAGCUACGAAGAAGAAGAAGUCGAAGCUUUCUAUAUGGAGAAGUUCUACCAAGAAGAUCAUGCCUUCUACAAGGUCAUAGUUGGCGAUUUCAACGCUAAGGUUGGCCCAAGAAGAACGCCGGAGGAACUUCACAUCGGGACCCACGGCCUACAAUGGAAUGACCAGGGAGAGAGGCUCUCCGAGUUCAUCAUGACGACUAAGACCAUCCAUGGGAACUCGCAAUUUCAGAAGCCCUCUUCUUUACGCUGGACGUGGGAGUCACCCGGUGGAGGUUCUAUACGGGAUCGGACCAUCGCCUCCUCCGAGGAAGAUUUUCCUUCACAAGGAGAGCAGAGAAAGCCGCCAAGUUCAGAGAGAAAAUCCCAGGACUACCAUCAACUGGGAUCUCUCGCUACGCUGGCCGGCUUUUGGGAAGAUUCUGCAAUGGACAACAUCGACGAGGAAUAUGACCGGCUUGUCGAACACCUUCACGACUGCGCGAAGAAGGCUGAGAGUUUUAAAACCACCAAGAGGCGCCUGUCUCUUGAAACUCUUGAGCUGAUACGCCAGCGUGGAGCAGCACGAGCCGCAGGAAAUCAAGAACUCACGUCCGAGCUCGCAAGGCUUUGCCGAGAGGCGAUAAAGGAAGACCUUAAAGAGAGAAGAGCAGAAGUGCUGGCUGAAGCUGCAGAGGCGGGGAAAAGCAUCCGCUAUGCCCGUCGAGACUUCGCCAGUCGCAAGACGAGGAUGACUGCUCUCCGGAACCCAAAGGGAACAGCCAUUGCAUCGAGAAGGGGAUGGAGAAAAUCAUCUACGACUUCUACUCUGAUCUCUUCGACAGCCAUAGGUUCUCCCGUCCGAAAUACGACAUGCUAUCAUGUCGGUAAGAAAUCGUACGGCACCCGGUCCCGACAGAAUAAGACCAGAACACCUGAAGAGCCUUCCGCCAGUACUCAUCAACACCCUGGCAAGGCUCUUUACACGUUAUCUGUCGGAAUGCAAGGACAGCCAUGCGAGCAAGCAGGGUUUCGAAAAGGAUUCAGCACGAUUGACCACAUUCACACUGUUUCGAAACUCAUCGAGGUAUCACGAGAGUACAAGAUGCCGCUCUGUCUCACCUUCAUCGACUUAAAGAAGGCUUUCGACUCGGUUGAGACGGAAGCGGUCGUGGAAGCCUUGGACAACCAAGGCGUCCCUACUCAAUAUAUAAAGGGUGAUACAAUUUCACCCAAAAUAUUCACAGCCACCCUCGAGAACGCAAUGCGAAAGUUGGAAUGGGACGACAUGGGAGUGAAGGUUGAUGGUCGGCAGCUACACCAUUUGCGCUUUGCUGAUGACAUCGUACUGGUAACACCUAGCAUCAGCCAAGCGGAACGAAUGCUGACCGAAUUCGACGAAACAUGUGGAUGCAUCGGUCUUCAGCUGAAUCUACAAAAGACGAUGUUCAUGCGGAACGGAUGGGUCUCGGAUGCCCCAUUCACGCUCAACGGAACGGACAUAUCCGAAUGCACCAGCUACGUUUAUCUGGGUCGGGAACUGAACAUGAUGAACGACCUGACCCCCGAGCUGGGCAGGAGGAGACGAGCGGCUUGGGGAGCGUACAAGAGCAUCGAGGAUGUAGUGAAGAAGACCAGGAACACCCGGCUCCGUGCUCACCUCUUCAACACCACCGUACUUCCUGCUUUGACCUAUGCUUCGGAAACCUGGGCAUUUCGCAAGCAGGAAGAAAACGCGCGAUCGAAGAUUAGAGACGCCGCCGCGUUUGCCAAGGAAAGUAAAAUAAGGUGGGCCGGACACGUGAUGCGCUUUAAUGACAACCGUUGGACCAGAGCCGUGAGCGACUGGGUUCCCCGCGAUAUUAAGCGCACUACAGGAAGACCGCCGACCCGAUGGUCAGAUUUCUUCACGAAGUCCUUGAAAGAAAAAUAUGAUGCUCUUCGUGUCCCACGCGAAAGGAGGAACCACUGGGCUACUCUGGCACGCGAUCGGGACAAAUGGAAGAAUUACUGGCGCCCGCUCGACCAGUUCGAAGAUCAACGGGAGUCAAGGUGA